AUGAUAGUAUUCGAUGGAAUGAGCUCCAAUAUAAUUACGAUUUCUUUAACUUUAUGUCUUCUUUAUCAUAUAUUGAAGCAAACCAAGCUUUACUUCACGAGACGCCGAUUUCAAAAAUCAAACGGUUGUGAACCAGCUCAAGUAGAAUACCCUUUGAAAGAUCCAAUAUUUGGUCUCGAUUUGGUAUUGGAUACAAUCAAAAAUGCCAAAAACCUACGACAUCUCGAAGGAACUUGGAGGCGUUAUGAACAGCACGGAACAACCUUUACAUCCAGACUCAUUACGUAUCCCACGGUUUUCACAAUCGAUACAGAGAACGUCAAAACUAUUCUUGCAACAAAAUUUGAUGAUUUUCGGCUCUCGUCUAUUCGAGUUGAUGCAAUGAAACCCGUGUUCGGACACGGGAUUUUCACAACUGAUGGAAAACUGUGGCACAAAUCUCGCGCACUCCUUCGGCCUACUUUUGCAAAAGAGAGUAUAUCUAAUCUAGAGGUUGCUGAGCUACAUUUCCAACAUCUACUAAAUCGUAUUCCUCGCGAAGGGUCUACUAUUGAUCUACAAGAUCUCUUUUUCAAAUUCACCAUAGAUACAGCUACCCAGUUCUUAUUUGGACAUUCCGUCAACUCCCAGUCCAACUCAGACCAUUCCUCGGGUGGCGUAUCCGAUGCAGAAUUUGUGGAACAGUAUACUUAUACCCAACACGAAGCAUCUCAUAAUGUACGACUCGGACCACUUGCACGAUUUCGAUAUAACUCUGCAGCUACCAGGGCUCAGAAGACCGUUUUUAAGUAUGUCGAUCAUUACAUAGAUGUAGCUCUCGAUGCGCUUAAGAAGGACCAAAACAAGACGGAAACGAAGGAUGACAACUUUGGCCCCUACAUUUUUCUUGAAGAGAUAGCCAAGUUGACCACAGACCGACAGGUUCUGCGAGACCAGGUUUUGAAUACCCUUCUUGCUGGCCGAGAUACAACAGCUAGUCUACUUAGUAAUCUUUUCUUCAUGUUAGCACGUUACUCGGAUGUAUGGAGAAAGCUACGAGCUGAAGUCAUGCAACUUGACGGUCAGUUGCCGACGUAUAACGAUCUGCGAAAUAUGAAAUAUUUACGUCAAUGUAUUAACGAAUCUCUCCGUAUGCAUCCUGUAGUCCCCGCCAACACUCGCGAAGCGGUCCGCGACACUUGUCUUCCACGUGGUGGGGGAGAAGAUGGUCAAGCAUCAUUAUUCGUUAAAGCGGGUACCCAGGUUCUAUACAGUGUGUACUCGAUGCAUCGUCGCAAAGAUCUAUUCGGUGAAGAUGUGGAAACCUUUCGUCCGGAACGCUGGGAUCAUAUACAGCCGAAAUGGGAAUUUUUACCAUUCAAUGGAGGGCCAAGAAUUUGCUUAGGGCGACAAUUCGCAUUAAUUGAAGCAUCGUUUGUGAUUGUAAGAAUGUUACAGGAAUUUGAAGAGAUUGAGCCAAGAGAUGACAGGCCAUGGCAAGAGGCCUAUACCCUGGUUGUCUGUUCGCACAAUCGGACACAAGUGUCGUUGACGUGCGCGACAUAA